AUGAAGAAAACGUUAUUGCUAUGCUUUAUCCACGGCUUCAAGGGCGGAGAUGACACCUUUGGAGGCUUUCCAGAGCACCUUCGAGCUCUGGUAAGUCAUGCGCUCCCCAAGGUCGAUGUCCAAGCAAUAGUGUAUCCCAAGUUCGAGACUCGGGGUGAUCUCGCAGAAUGCGUCUCGAGGUUUAGGGAUUGGCUCCUCGAGAAAGUAAUAGACAUCGAAGUCUCCCGCCACACCCCCUCCCCCACAAUCGACCCCUCCGUACACACAAUCCUGAUCGGGCACUCCAUGGGCGGCAUCGUCGCCGCAGACACCAUCCUCGCCCUGACAUCCGACCGAGCAGUAACCUCCUCCCGACCCACCUCCUCCCACUCCACAACCCAACCCGAAGGACAAGCCCCCGCACCUCCUCCAAAACCAGAACUCAACACCCUCAUGUUCCCCUACAUCCGCGGCGUCCUCGCCUUCGACACCCCCUACCUAGGCAUCUCACCCGGCGUCGUCGCCCACGGCGCAGAAGGCCACUACAACGCCGCCUCCUCGCUGUUCACCGAGUUCAGCGGCCUCUCGUCCGCUAUCUGGGGCAGCAAAGCCACCACCUCUUCAGAGGCUAAAGAGGAGAAGAAACCCAUCGCAGCACUACCCGCUCCGCCCUCUGUAGAAGCAACGUCUUCCUCCUGGGGAAAAUGGGGUCGAAUAGCAGCUAUAGCCGGGACGGGCAUCGCCGUUGCGGCGGGCGGAACAGCUGCGUAUCUAAACCGGGAACAGAUAUCGCAGGGCUGGUCGUGGGCAUCUUCGCAUCUCGAGUUCAUCGGAUGUCUAGCUCGACCCGAGGAAUUGAAGAAGCGUGUUGCCGGGAUAGUGACCCUGAACAGAGAGCUCGGAACCGGCUGGGGCAAUCUUUACACUCGACUAGGCCAGAAAGCUGUCAGUAAGAGCGACGGGACCACGUUAGUAGGCAGCGUGAUUGGGAACACGAGGACGUUUUGUAAUUUGCCCGUGGGAAAGAGUGAGGCGAGGCCGUUUUGGCAGGAGGCUAUUAAUGAUGCUGCUAGAGAUGAGGCGGGGGCACAUAUGACAAUGUUCUACCCGAAAGAUAACCCGGGAUACUACGCCAUGUCAGAGCAGGCCAAGACAUUGAUCGUGCAGUGGACGAUGGACGAGUGGUAUGAGUCCAGCACGGGAGAGACAGUACAAUUUGCUAUUGAGAACGAAUUAUAGACGUCUGGGGUCGGACGGUUGAGGCGUUUCGGGGAAAUGUCGGGUGGGAACAUGGUGGCGUAUUGGCCAUUUU